CACCCUGAAAAAAAUUACUGUCCUUGAAUAACUGUCAAAAACACAGAAUUAUUUUUUGUCCUGUACAAAUUUUCAGUGAAUGAACAAUAAUUUUGAAAUAAGUAUCAAAUGAUGAAAACAUUCCAAAUUGUUAAUGAUCAAAACCUGAUUUUUUUAAUAAUAUAAUGAACGAUGAAGAUGAAAUUGAUAUUUUAGGUGAUUUCAAAUUAGAUACAUUAUUAUCCAAAGGAGAUUCUAACUUAUAUGAUGGAUCGUCAUUAAUUUCGCAAACCUCCGAUUUAUUAAAUUGUGAUUACACCAUACAUCCUCAAUGGCUCUUGGAUCGCCCUAGUGCCAACCCAGAAAAUUGGUACCCAAAUACUAGUAAUGGUUUACCUGAUAAGGAAGAUGAAGCAUCAGGUCAUUUUGUAUCUACAGAAAAUAGCAUAACUGAUGAAAGUGGCUGGACUGAAAAGGAAAAAAAUCUUCUUAAGAGAGGAAUUGAGAUAUUUGGGAAAAGUUAUGAACGUUUGGCUCAGUUCAUAGGAUCGAAACACGGUUCCGAAGUGAAGUAUUAUCUAAAAAACUUUCACUCAGACAGUCAUAACAGCCGAAUAUCUAUUGAAGUACUGCGGGAUAAUGAGAACUCUGUGGAUGGUAUUUUUGAUGAUAAUCAGAUACCAACAAGCAUUGAAGAAGUGAUUGAAGCUGUUAGCACGGCAAAGCCUACCAUUCAGACGUUUGCUAAAAAAACCCAAAACACUGCUAGUUUGAGCAGAAUUAUAACAGGCAGACAGUUUCCAAAAUCGAAUACUCCGUUCAAGAUGUCAGAUAAGGAUAAACUUAUACAGAGGAAGAAAAAUGAAUAUGCAAACAUAAAAGGGGCAAAUGCAAAGAUGAAAAAUAAGAUAUCCAUCAAAACUGGGGGAAAAAAUGCAAUCAAACAGAAAAUGAUUCAGGUUCUGAAUGAGCAAAGUAAUGAAAAUGAAAUAAAAACUGUUGAGAUUACUACUGGUCAAGGACUUGCCUUACCUAUUUAUGAAGGCGAGGAAAUUGUGAAAAUCAAAAGAGAUGCAGAAGAAUGUGAUACCGACACAGAAAUUGACGUUGAAUUAUCUGAUGAUGAUGUUCCUUGCAGCAAACCAAAAAUAGUAAAAAUGGAAAGUGAACCUCAAGAAGUAGUAUUCAAAAGUUUUCAAGAGCCAAAAAAAACUGAAACUAAUGCAAACAGUACUAAAGAUCCGAGCUUAGGAUUAUCACAACUGAGUAAUACUUCCAUGUCUUUAAAUGAAGAGUUGCAAAAAGAAUUAAUGAGUAUGGAAGAACCCAAGAGUGAAGUUUUACUUGACAUUGAAACUGUUACCGAUUUAGAAAAAGUUAUUCAUCAUGAUUAUUUUGAAGGGAGUAUCACCAAAACCCCAGAAAGAUAUUUGAAGAUUCGAAAUCAUAUAAUUAAAGGUUGGGCAUCACAAAAACCAAAUUACCUUUUCAAAACUAUCAGUCGACAAGGCUUGAAAAAUUGUGGUGAUGUGAAUAGCUUCGGGCGAGUACAUAGUUUUUUAGAACAGAUUGGAGCUAUUAAUUUUGGAUGUAGUCAGGUGAUCUACUGCAGGCCUUUGAUUGAAAUGAUACAAGAACAGGCUUCGAAUAAAGAAAGAAAAAAGAAAAAGUUCAUAAAACCUGCGAAAGAUUUAGGAGCUAGGCCAAGACAUAAGCCAAAGUUAUUUAAUGAUGGAGAAGGAGGUUAUACUCUGUCACAUGAUGAACAUGGACAUGUUAUCAAACAUACUGUCGUAAAUCAGGAACCGGCAAUGAAAAAUAAGCAGUAUGUCAAAAAGCCAAUAAUACGUCUUAUUUACUGCAGACCAUUUACGGAAGAGAAUCAGCAACCAUUCAGUGUGACCAUAAACUUAUCAACAUUAUUGAAGAUGGAUUUCCACUCCCAUACAUCCCAGACCGAGGUGAUGGGACUGGUGGCCGGUUUUUGGACGCCCCAGUCUGAAACCCUCACCAUCUGUCACUACGAACCCUGCCGAAAUAUUGCUUCCUCUGCUACCCACUGCGACAUGUGUCCCAUCUCCCAAGCCAAAGCUGCCGAUACGGUACAUAGCAUGGGCCACGACAUUUUAGGAUGGUUUCACUCUCAUCCCACUUUCGCUCCGGAACCUUCAAAUCAAGAUUUGGAAACGCAAACGGUCUUGCAGCAGUGGAUCGGUCGGGAUAAACCGUGCGUUGGUGUUAUAAUGUCUCCGUUCAGUUCGAAUGGAGCUCUGAUAGCUUCGCCUGUCAGAUGUAUGAUCGUCGGUAAGAAGCAGAAUUUCGAAGAUCAAUUUGUGCCUUACAAGUUCGAAAUUGACAUUGACU